GGCACCAUUGGAGACACAGUUGUGUCUGUCUGGGUGAAGGCAGAAGAGUGAAGUUAAACAGUAGGCACAGCACAAAAACAUGGAAAGCAGUUUCCCCUUUAAAGACAUCUUCUGCCCACUGCUCUUAAGGAUCUUUAGUGGUCCUUUGAAAAGCCCAAGGCGUUCCUUCUUAAGCCAGCUGAAGGUAAAGAUGGGCAGUGAUUUGUAGGUGAGGGCAGGGCACAGUUAGCCCAAAACACAUCCAAAAGCUUUCUGUGGCCAGAGUGUAGCAACAACUGCUGACCAAAAUAGGCUUUCAAUAGCAGUGAACAGUCUAGUAGGGGUGAAAAACAUCAUCACAUUGUUGAGCCGCUGAAAGCCAGGCUUUAUUGUGUAGCAUUGACAUAAAAAGAUCUUUCCGUGUUAUGAAUGACUGUGUUCAGAUUGUUCAAAACAAUAAUGCCUUAUUCACAUGACUCCAGAGGAAAGUUUAAAGAGGUCAGCGCAUUAUUGUGGAAUUAACUGAUUCCUAUAUGUCCCGAUCUGUCUUAUGACCCUGGUUCCUAUGAUAAAGUGUGAAUGGGUUUGGAUAUGGUAAAUGUUUAUUCACCCAUGAGUGAUUCUGUUUAUUCAGAGUUCACUCAUGAGUAAUCACAGUCACGCUGUUAGUGUCCACCCACCUCCCAUCCCACUCUCCAAACCAAACCCUCUGUCCGUGUUCAUCAGUUUCUCUUCCCCCUUUUAGUUUGAAGACCGAUCCCAUGCUGGUAGAAAGACAUCUCAGAUAUGCAGCAGACAAAAUGUACACAUUUUGAAUAAGUUCUGGUCUUUGUCUUCAUCCUAAGAACGGGAAAAUCACAUCCCAAGAGACGAUGAAAGGAAGUUUGGAAUCUUUGGACAUCUUCUCUGCAGUUGGGUCGUGUUCUCUGUUGAAUCGAUUGGGCUUUUCUACAAUGAGAAGAAUGGGGAAAGGAGUUUGUCUACUUCUGGUUACAGUUUCAGGCAGGGAACACUCUUGAACAUCUGGAAAUUGAGAUGUGAUUUGAGGAUCUUUCUUAACGAAGAGCCAACGAUAAGGAUUUCACAAGAGCCGUUUUUGUACUUCAAUAAGGUUAGGUUGAAAUUUCAUCAUAAUCAAAUUCACAUGGAUAAAGUCUCUUCACAGUAGGAAGUAUGCUCUGAUGGGACCUGGAUGACAGCCAGGCAGAACAAGGGUCAGAUAAACGAAAAUACAACAGCAGAAAAAGGAUGAUGUUGUGCUUUCCCCAAUGGGAAUGAAGAAACAUCAACAUCCUUGUGUCUAUUUUCUCUUCUUAAAACCUUCUUGGGUCAGCUAUUAAUGCAACAAUGAUCGCUUUCAACCUGACUCAGGAGACUUCCUUGCAAACUAUGAAGGAGAAUUUCAGAGUAACAUCACCCAGUCCAGAGCUCACAACUCCCGCUGUUAUUGAAAGAGUAGUAGUGACCACUGGCUGUAUUCUUAGUGUGGGAUCCAUAUUGAUUAUCUCCACCAACCUUCUAGUUGCCAUUUCCCUGAUCAUGCUCAUCCGCAAAAGAGGCUACCAGAGCUGGUGUUUCGUUUUAAACCUGUCCAUUGCAGACAUUCUAGUCGGUGUGGCCAUUACAGGCAUCGCCACUGAUGCUCUCCAAGGAACAACGGCCUCAAUGGAGAAGGGCAUUUGUUUGUUCCGAAUGACUUUCAUCAUGGCGCCGACUGCAGCCUCCAUCCUAACAAUGUUCAUGAUUUCGGUGGAUCGCUACAUGGCUAUAAAACUGCCGCUCCGCUAUUCGGAGUUAAUGAAUAAGAAGAUGAUCACAGGGGCUCUGGUCUUCACUUGGAUUCUCUCAUCACUGGUGGGAUUUUCUCCUGGGAUUUUGAAACCGAUGCAGCAGGAAAACUAUCAGAAGGUCUGCACGUUCUUCUCCGUCAUCGAGCCCAAAAGCAUUGUUGUGGUCUUCUGCAUGUUUUUCUUCCCGCUGCUCUCAGUCUUCAUCUAUUUCUACAUGGAUAUCCUAAAAAUCGCCUGCACCCACCAGAAGCGCAUCCGUGCCCAGCAAGCAAGUUCACGGUUUUUGACGUCUAGCCGUUAUUGGGGUCACGUAAAAGCCCUGCGGACUGUAGCCGUGCUGGUUGGAUGCUUCACCCUCUUCUGGUGUCCAUUUUUUGUGGUCAGUAUUGUGCAGGUCUCAUGUCCAGACUGUGAACUUUAUUACUUUUUGGAGAACCAUCUGUGGUUGCUGGGAACCACAAACUCUCUUGUCAAUCCCCUGGUGUACGCCUGCUGGCAGCGAGAGGUGAGGGACCAGAUCUGUGAACUCUUUGCUUAUAUCAAAGCAGGGUUUUGUCGUGAGAGGCGCUCCAAGGGAGGGGACGGACGCACAAAAGACCACCUGACCGUUGCACAUGCUGACAAGUUUCAUGACAAGACUCUGGCCACGCAGUUAAAUUACUGUGGGUCUGUCACAAUACCGGAAUAACAUCCGGAAAAUAUUCCAAACAGAGUGGGAUUGUCCUUUUAGUCCGCUGUUGAGAGGAAACUGUAAAAGUCUCUUAAUGGAUGUGGAGCCCAGAGUAUCUGUCGAAAUAAAACAGCACAUUUGUUUGCUUUCCUUCUCCGCCUGCAAUGAACACAUUACUUUUGAAAUGUAACCAAAGCACUUUGUUCCCAAUAGUUUUUUUUCCAAUUGUAAUAUAAAUGACUUGUGCAUUAAACAAACAUAUUCAA